GUUUUUGAAGACGGCUUUCCGACCUGUCCAUGAAGUUUUGAAAAAUCGAAACAUCUUAGAUUUUGAUGAGUUGGAACGGAACUUGAUGUUGAGAGAGCAAACGUUGAAACUUGAUAUGGAAGCUUUGGAGGCCAAGAUGGAACAUGCAGUUAAACGUGAGGUUGAACUAGAAGAAGAGUUGAAGGCUUGUCGAACUAGGUGUAUGGAGUUGGAAGAGAAAAGUAGGAUAGCUGAACAAGGCAGCAGGGUUUUGUUAGUUGAACUUGAGUGUGUGAAGAAAGAUUGCAUCUCUUUUGAAGAUAAGUUAGGUGCGUUAGAAAUCGAUAAAAUCUCCAUUGAAGAUGACCUCAAGAAACACAAGAGAUUGUGCGAUGAGCUCAAAGAGAAGUUCACUUGUCUCCAAGAAGAUUGUAAAGUUGUAUGUGAAAGAGAGAAAAGGGCACAGGAAAGGGUCUCCAUUUUGUCAGAAGAGCUUAAGAAGGUGGAGAAUGAAACAAGAGAGAAGUAUGUUCAGCUGAAGGUCGAGAAUAUAGAUUUAAUGCGCGCAAAGAAGAAAGCUGAGGAUGAGAUUGAGACUUGGAAGAAGAGGUUUGUGGAGUUAGAGUCUCGAGUCAUUAGGUUGGAAGAAGAUACCUUGGUCUUAACAGUGAAGGAUCCACCGUUGUCCUUGUCCAUGAAGCUAGAUGCAGAGUCCAGAGAUAUGUUGAACACCAUUUCUCAUGUUGACAAAGAGAAGAACGAAGCAAGUAAUGCAACCAAAAGUCCAGAAGAAGCAAAUGGCUUGGGCAACUGUGCCAGUUUGGUCCAUCCAAAAGUCAAAAACAAAAGGUUGAAUUGUGAUGCAGGGGCAAAUUUACAUGCGAAUGUGGGGUCUCCUUGCCUUUCACUGGACAAAGAAAGCAGAGAUGUGCAGGCCACAGGUCUUCCUUGUAUUUGCAUGCCACAUGAGCCUUUGGUCAAAGUUAAGGAAGAGGACAACAUCUCUUCAGAAACUGAGUUGCAACAUGGGUUGGGAGUUAGAAGGCAGUUGGAGUUUGGACAAGAAGGGAGCACCAACAAAAAAAUGGUUGGAUCCAACCCUGGUAGUGGAAGGCCUGUGUCUGGAGGUGUCAUCGAGAUUGUUGAUAGUGAUGAUGAAACUAGUGUAAUGAACAUUGUUGCAGUGGCUACUCCUAACAUUAGGGACAAGGGGAAGGCACCAGUUUCAGUUGACAAUUCCUUGAAAGGUGUUUUGAAAGAUGAAAAGGAAGUGACUUCUGAGAAUUGUUUGAAGAGAUUAGAUACCAACCAGAGAGGGGAGGAAAAUUGGAACAGCUCCAAGGAGCCUUAUGAAUUGACUUCAACUCCCAAAAGAAAACGUGCUUCCAAUAUAAUUACUAGUGGCAGUGAGAGUGACAAUGAUGAAGAUAAAAUUCCAAUUAGUAAACUAAAGUUGAAGAAGCUCCAAGAUUUAACUCAUGAACCCACGAGCUCUCCUGUGAAUCGGUGUUCUAUGACUCCUAUUGUGUCUUCUGGGGAUGGCAAUGUUGAAGAAUCCUUUACUCCUUCAAAGCGGCGUCUGGUGACACUAAGGCAAUGUGAAGAAAGGAAGAACGGGUUGGAAAGAAUCUCUCAAGGUCAUUUGGGGAGGAAUGAGAGUGAUGGUGAGUAUCAAGUAAUGGCUGGCCCAGCUGCUGACAACACUCAAGAUCAUGAGUGCGAAGAUGUUGGUUCUGAUACUGAGGGUGAAAGUUUGGAUGGGUUCAUUGUAGAUGGUGAAGAUGGCGAAGAUACUACUUCUGAAUCAGAAGAUGUAGGGGAUGAUGAUUUGAACUAUGAUCAGGUAAUAUCAAUGAUUCGAAGGGACAGAAAAAAUAAAUCAGGAUGGACCUUUGAAGCAGAUAUGCUCUCUUCCUUUCAGAAGGAUCCUGAACUCUGCAUGAAGGCUGUCUGUGCUCUCUAUAGGCAGCAAACUGCUGAGGAGAAAUCAGUGAAGGGUUCAUUGUAUAUGAACAACCGGGGAUUUAGCAAAUUUGAUGCAAUCAGAGGAACUAAUUUGGCCGAGUUUCUGCUGGAUGGGGACCCAAUGGGGGAGCUCAAGAAGACUGUUGAGGAGCUGGAGAAGCACAUGUCAGGAGGACUAGAUGAGUGCAGAAGACUAGCUAGCCACUACUCCAAGCAAUUGUUCAAGAUUUACCAGAACAAAGAGGACCCUUUCUUCCAUAGUUGACAGUCCACUCUUUCAUGUUGCUGUAAGUCUUUCCCUAUAAAUGCUCAUGGAUAGUUUAUAUGUAAUGGUACAUCCUAUGUUAAAUGAUCCCGUCCCUAGUUUUCUGUUGUGAUGUACAGGGGGAAUUCAGAUGGCUUCUUUUUGCUGUUAUCACCCAUUGUAUAGUGGGUUGCCUUUCAGUUUUUGGUGCCGGAAUUAGUAGAUGUUCUUUUUGCC